UAAAUAGAAAAGUUUUUACUACUUUCUGCUUAGUAGUAUAAGUCUAGCAAUAGGCAGCCCAAACUGAGCGUUACUCACUUUGCGUGGUUUCCAGACACUUCAGUUUCCGCAGUUCUAUAGAAUACCUUCUUCAGGAGACACUGUUCCUAUCUAAUUCAUAAUAAUCCGUAUUUUAGUGUUUUAUAAAUUUGUUUUGUGUAUUUUCUUUUGUUAAACACCGUUUUUCUUUCUAGUUUCUUAAAUUUUUUUUGAUAUUUCCUGAUUCUUUUAUAUUUUUGGGUUUUUGGAGCGUUUGUGCUGUUCAUUAUGAAUCAAUUAAGUUCCGAUAUGAAUUCAAGAAAGCCAGUGAAUAGUUCAAAUCAAAUAAGUCAAAGAAAACGAAAACUGUCGAAAACUUAUGUUCUCUUGGAAUUCGCAACGAAGGAGAUAUAUGUUGUCCACAGAUCGUGGAUAACAAAUAACGAGUUUUCAUUUUUUCCUCCACUGAAUUGGCAGAAAAAUAAAAUUCACAGAGCAAUAGAAAGAGGCGAUAUCCCGACAUCUAACUAUCGCCAAUACAAAAUAAAAAGAUGUAUUAGUGAUUUUGAUUCAAUGGUAGAUGCGCUUGCUGGCUUAAAAACGGUGGAAGGAUUGAAUAGCUCAGAAUUGGAAGACAAUAUGGACUUUCAGGUUUUAUCGCUCAAAACGCGAGCUUUAAGACACAAAAAGAAAGUAGAUGACAUGGUGCCUUCCGAAAAUAAAAGAUCGAGAAUUGACGAUGAAGAUGAAGAUGAUGGUGAUGAUGAGAAUGAAGAUGAUCAAGAAGAGCUUGAUGAAGAUGAGGAUGAUGAAGAUGACAAUGAUGAAGAUAAAGAUGGUGAAGAUGAUAUUAAAAAAAAUAGAGAAAUGUCUGUGAACGUUAGGAACAGGACUUUUUCAGAAGCCUCAACAACUCAUUGUCCUGAAGAUUUGUAUAUUAAUGAACUGAGGGUUGAGAUGUUAAAAAUUCAAAAAGAACAGUAUAAUGAAUUGAGGACUGAGGUACUAGAUAAACAAGAAGAGCAACAUAAUAUAAUAAAAAAUAUUUUACAAAACGGGUUCAAAGAAAUGUUAAAAAACCAUCAUGAGCAGAGGUUAAUAUUAGAGGCUAUUGCCAAGAAAGAGCAAAACACCAGUGCUGACAUGCAAAAUCAACAUCAUCUAAUGUUAAACGACAUUUUUGAACAUGACGAAAUCCUUUCAAAAAUGCCAUUUUCGUCUGACGACGAAAUAAAUACUUUUGAUGAGAAAUUGACUGAUAAAGAAUUCAAAGUUUUGACUGCAAGAGCGUACAGCAGCUUGGGAUCUACCACACCUAAAGAUUGUGUGGUUGCUAUGAUGACAAAAACAUUCAAAAACUCUGUAGCUGCUGGAUGGAGUUGGACUGGGAGGGUGAAAGGAAAGAAUGAUUUUAAAGUAAAAAAAAAUAUUGUCUGUAUCCUUAGAAGUGUUGCAAGGAGAAAGUAUGGUUUGAACACUGUCACAGAGAAUGAUGUAAAACAAUGGUGCUCCGAGUGGCUUAAACAUGCCCCUAAACGCAGAAACCGUGAGAAUGAGAAAAUAUUACGAACGAUUCAAGAGAAUGAGGCAUUGGAAGAUUUAUUGAACACAGAAACGGAAAUGUAAUACUAAGAUUGUUAAAAAUGUUUGUACAUAUUAAAUAUAUUUAAAAUAUUAUAAUGAAUAAAAAACAUUAAGUUUAAGAAAAUAUAAUUUAAA